CUCCUCCUCCUUCGUCUGCAUCAUCUUCUUCUUCUUCUCUUUGGAUUACAUGCACCAUUCCCGUCAUUGCAUGCACCACCAACUUGCUCAUGUACCUACGCACACUUCGUGACUGACUAACCGACCGACUGGCAACCACCUGUACUGGAACACUCCGUCGCCCGCUGUCCACAAUCAACCAAGCAAUCAACCACUGCCCCGCCUGAGCUCUCUACUGCCAGCCAGCUCAAAAGUACCAACGGCCGCUACCCACAACUCCACUACUUAAGUACUACUAGGUACAUACGCAGUUACAGUUUACUUACCACCAGACAUCUUUCUUACGGUCGCACCUUCUUCGCCGCGACCGCCCGCCCUGUCGUGCAUGGGUGUACACCCGCUCCGCAAAUAUGAACGGCGUUUCGCGCUUCCUCAGCCGUCGUGACAAACACAACGAGAAACGGACUUCGAGGCACUGGCGCAACAAAUCGCGCUCAACUCCAUCCACCGUUUCUUCCGAGCUCUACAAAGUGUUCACCAACGAAGGAAAUGAUGCCACAAGCAAGGACAAGGAUCUUGACAAGAAGGUCAAGAUGCUGCUUCACCGUCUUCAAUCCAACGGCAUCGCGGAUUUGGGCGAGGAACAGGCCGAACAUGCCCUUCGCUGGUGCCCCGACGAUCUAGACAAAGCAUAUGAUUUGCUCGUGCUGGUCAAUGAAUCUUUCGAGGGCGAGUUGAAGGACUACAACCCAGACCUUACAAUGCUAGGUGCCGUCAACCGGAACAUGGUCACUUGCUAUCUCGAUGCCCUCCUCUUCGCCAUGUUCGCAUGUCUGGAUAGCUUCGAGGCCAUGCUCUACAACGAUUUCAAUGAUGAGCCAAGGAAGAAGUUGGCUGGUGUUUUGCGCCUUUGGGUCAAUCUCCUCAGAUCGGGGUGGCUCAUCAAGACCGAUCUUACAAAACACCUUCAGGAUUCGUUGGCAAAAUGUGGGUGGGAAGAAGCUGCGCAUCUCCACCAGCAAGACGCUUCGGAAGCCUUCACUUUCAUCACAGGAGCUCUCGAGCUACCGCUGCUAACUCUGAAAAUGGACAUAUUCCACACCGGCCGUGAGGACAAAGAAGACGACCACAAGUUUGUCAAUGAGCGUUUAUUAGAAGUGGCCAUUCCUGAGCUAGAGGAUGGUAAGAUUGUAACUCUAGAACAAUGCCUUGAGGAAUAUUUCAACAAUCGCAUCGAAGUAAAACGCCACCUGCAGCGCCAGAAUACCUUUUCCUCGACACAUACAACCAAGGAUCCUGAAAAGAGUCAGGCCAUCCACAUUGAAGCCCUUGAGGUCUCUGGAUCAGAGUCUCCAGCGGCCGCUACGCCAACCACACUCGAAUUCCCCACCGUGACAGCAGCCUCAAGGCCUCCUAUGUCAGGUCGAAGAAGAGGAGAUAGCAUCUUCACUGAACGAUACACUGUCAGCAGCAAGCCAGGUUUCGACGAGAAACAGCAUCUAGAUGAAAUGCUAGAGAAGAGUUCCGAAGGUCGGCCCCGAUCAGCAUCGCUGCGCAAAGAAGUCAUGAUGCCCGCAUGGCAGUUCUUCAACCUCAUCCCUUGGUACACGGACAACGCCCCACAGACUGAUGCUCAAGUUGCCGCUCACUUUUCCUCUAAACGCCCAGUGCUGGGGAUAUGCCUCAAACGCUACAUGAUGACACUCAACGGUGCUCCCAAACGGCUCGACACCUACAUCGACAUUCCAUUGGAAAUCGGACUGCCACACUUCAUCUCUGACGAACGAAUGAGCGAGGACGGACCGCUCUUUGGUAACUUCAAAUUAGUACUUCAGUCCGUUGUAUGCCACAGAGGUGUCACUGUCGACUCGGGACAUUAUGUCGCUCUCGUGCGAGCAAACAGCCCCCGCAAAACGAAUCGGCCAAGCAGUGCACACUCAGAGGAGGAGGAAGUGUCAGAUACAUGGCUCCGCUUUGAUGACCUUGCGAAUCCACGGACGUCAACAAUAGAUAUCACGAAAGCUCUCAAAGAAGAAUCACCUUACCUUCUAUUCUUCCAAGUUCAACCAAUUGACGAAGAGUUAGCACUGAGAGGCGACCCGCCCCCGUAUGCCGAGGCUCAAUCCGAUAUUCUUCAAGCGACGCCGUCGAAAGAAACGAUUACUUCAGAGACAGAGGUAGCCUCUACUACCACAGACCCUGCUGUUGAAUGGGAAAGCGUAACGGCGGCAGAUACUAUGACUCCCAUCACAGACAUCAACAUCUCCGAAACCCCUGGUCGCAGCAGUAUAUCCAGCAUGCCCGAUGGCAGUACGGUACUUGAAGAGCUGGACAGUCGGGGCAGAUCCGGACCAUCAACACCGGGUGAUGAAAAGGGGGGCUUUUUGACCAGCUCCCGCCGGAACUCGAGAGCUUGGCUGGCUGGUGGUAAGAACAGCCGACCCGGAAGUCAGAACGGCGAAAAUCGGUUGUCUGUGACAAUAUCGCGUCUCGCCGGCAGAGCUAGCAAAGACAAAUUGCAAGUGACCGACACGCGAGACCCGGCUCCUCAGGAUCCUGUCAUCGUAGUGCAGGAUGUGCCAACCUUAGAAUCCACGGAGAUUGUGCAGCCUUCAAGCCCAGGCAAGAAGAAGAAAGAUGGCGGCUCGCUAGGACGCUCCAAGAGCAAGAAUAAGAAGCCCAGCAAAGAAGACAAAAAGAUCAGAAAAAGCAAGAGUCUCGAGCCUAUCAAUGGAGUGGCCGUCAAGGGCAAGAGCAAGGCUAGGGAACGGCCUGAUCGCGAGUGUCUUGUAAUGUGAGCUUCUUAUGCCGGUGUUUGUUAUGCGGCCAAUACGUGGUCUCGUGUU